AUGUUGUCCGCGAUUGAGGCAGGCACUAGCUCGAUCUAUUGCGGCAACCAGUGCCGUUGGUAUCACGGCUUCUUCGACCGAUCCAUCGAGGGCACACCAGGCCCGGGCACAGCAGGCUCAGGUGGGUUGAGCCCUCGAUGCUCGAUUACGUACAAAUACGCCAAACCGUUCGACCCGGACUACUGGGCUGACGAGUACUCGACCGAGUACCUGUGCAUACUCGGCAACAACGAGAAAUUCCCCAAGAGUGUGAGCAAGCGCGAGGUGAUGGCAAAGUGCGGGCAAGCAGAUGCCGAACAGGAGCAUUCCGAGUGUCAGAAGGCGAAGGCUGAGAUCGAGAGCGAUGGCUCGAAGGUCCUCCACUGCGGGAAGUGCAGCUCGUGCUCGACAUUCCACGACAUGGCGGUCAUGGACAAGACCAAGACCACCAUUACGAGUCACAUGACCGACUGCUCGGCGAAAUGGAGCCUGGGACUCCUCGACUUUCCAAGAUUCCCGCCGGAUUCCGCCUCCUUGAUCAAAUGCCUCCGGGAAAAGGGGAUCGACUUCACCGAGGACAGUGCGGAAGCGUGGGAGGACCCGGCCAAUAAACCGUCGUGUAUGCAAACAUGGGUCGACAACAUUGUCAACGACAAGAUGCUCUGUAUGUGGCACUGCCUUACGAAGUUCAUAAAGACGAAGAACUCUGGCGAUUUUGCGCGAGACCAAUGCCUCCAAUGCGAUGAAUACACAUCUGGUCCAGCAUUCAUCAAGGGGGCCGGCGCGAAUCGCCGCUCAACAGGCAUCAGGAGCGACAUCAAACGCACGCAGCUUGAUGGCACCGAAUGGGUGGAGAAGAUUUGUCCGAUUGGCUUCUAUUCGCAACCCCCUCCCGCACUUCCGGAGGCGAGCUCGAUCUGCAUCACGAACCACGCCUGGUACUCCCUACGCUGGGCUUUCGAGAAUUCGUCCGGCAAUGUGGUUGGACCCUGGGCUCAAUAUCCUGUCUUUCAUAAGAAGGUGUGCAUGGACCUCAACAAGAUCAUACCGCCCCCGGGUCCGGGAACAUACCGCGCCCGGGUCGUUCCCGUUGGGGGAUUGGGCCAUUACACGACGACGCCGGAAGUGACCUUCAAGCCCGGCGUGGACCGCCAGAUCAGCAUCACUUGCCGGGGAACCACCCUGAACCCCAGUUGCACGAUCGACGGCAAGUGA